AUGAACUCGAUGAGUUCGGCGUUUAAGCCCGAUGCCUCGGGUAUCUCUCCGAAGCAGAUGGACUACAUUCCGUAUCUCACGCUGAGUGAUGGUCGUGAAAUCCCCAUGAUAGGCUACGGUCUGGGCACCGCCAACCACAGCAGUGGCGACAAGAAGUUCGAUCAGAAGAUCGUCGACGACACCGUCACGGCCAUCAAGGCUGGCUAUAACCACCUGGAUGGCGCCGAGUCCUACGCCAACGAGGAGGAGCUCGGCGCCGCCAUCAAGGCCGCCAAGGUGCCCCGUGAGAACCUCUUCGUCACUACCAAGGUGACCUGCGCACCCGACCGCCCCAUCGAGGAGGCCUUUGCCGCCUCCCUCAAGAAGCUGCAGCUCGACUACGUCGACCUGUACCUCAUCCACUCGCCCUUCUGGGCUGGCGGCGAUGCUAAGCUCCUGCAGAAGAAGUGGGCCGAGAUGGAGGCCAUCAAGGCCUCUGGGCGCGCGCGCUCCAUCGGCGUGUCCAACUACCUCAAGGAGCACCUCGAGGCCGUGCUCGAGACAGCCAAGGACCCGCCCGUGCUGAACCAGAUCGAGUACCACGCCUACCUGCAGCACGCCGACCUGAUGGCCUACCAGCGCGAGCACGGCAUCGCCGCCGCGGCGUACGGCCCGCUGACGACGGUGACCAAGGCCAAGGGGGGACCCAUCGACGCGCUGCAGGACAAGCUGGCGCGCAAGUACGGCGUCAACCCCGGCGAGGUGGCGCUGCGGUGGUGCAUUGACACGGGCGUCGUGGCUAUUACGACGAGCUCCAACGAGCAGCGCCUGCGCAGCUUCAUGACCAAGCUGCCCAGCUUCAAGCUGACGCCUAAGGAGGCCGAGGAGAUGAGCGAGCUGGGCAAACAGAAGCACUACCGGGGCUUCUGGCAGAAGCACUUUGACGACGACGACAGGCGGUAG